GCACCGGUUUCAAAUUCAGAAGCUUCCCUCUUCAGCGAGCAGGUCGAUAAUUCUUCUGUAAAUGGAGAAGAGACUCCGUUCAGCGGUGCAAUCAUCCGCCGAGGAAUUCCUCUCCUCGGCGGCGAAAUUAGGGCUCAAAUCCGCAAAACCCUCACUUAAAUCCCUAAUCCACGGCCUCUCUCCUGCCUCUGAACUCGCUUCUUCACUCCCCGUCGCUCUCCUCCAGGCCGUUUCUCAAUCCAUCUCUCGCUUCAAGCAGCUUCUCCACCCCUGUAAUGUCGAUCCACUCAAGUCUCCGCAGUCGCCGCUUACCAAGCGGCUCCGACGAUCCUCGCGACGCUCUAAGAAGGGAGACGAUUCAGGCACCAACGAUCGGGAACACAAACGCGUCGAUGAAAGCCAACGGGUUGUUCAGAAACUUCAGAUUUACGCGUACGUGGCGCUUCUGUGCGUUUCGCAUCCCAAGAAGGCGUUUAGGCCUUGGGAUUUGUUGCCGGCUGUUCAGGAAUUGCACAACAAUUUGGUUGUCUUUGAGUCCGAUUCGGUUUUGUUGUCGGAGAUCGCGAGCCUGUGUGAGGAGUGGUGGAAGGAGGGGUUGCCGGGCAGAGAAAGCCUAAUUCAGCAGUCGUUGCCGUUCUUAGUGUCGAGGUCUCUGACUCUGAAGAAGAAGGUGGACGUGCAUAGGGUGUACACGCUUCGGGAGGCUUUCACUUUGUUUGAUUUUGAGGAUGAUAGCAUUGAAGAUUUGAAGCUUUUGCUGAUUCGCUGUUUGAUCGCGCCCUUGUAUCUGAAGACUGAAGAUGGGAGGAAGUUCAUUGCAUUUAUGUUUGGGUUGAGCGGGCAGCUGUUGAAGGAAUCCUUGGCCAUGAUUCGGUCGCAGAUUCCAUUUGGCCGGAAGUCCAUGUUGGAAGCGUAUGCGGAUAUUUUGUUCAGGGCUUGGAAGGUUGCGGAAGGGCCAUUGCGGGAAGAAAUUGAGAAUGGUUUUCUGCAGGGGUUGAUUGAGGGCGCAAUACAUGCUCAUUCAUCUUCAUUUGCUGCCUCAAUAAGGAGGGUUUUGGGAGGAUUCACUAACCAGCGAACCACAGAUGGGGUUGAGAAACUCCUCUUUCGCCUUGCUGAGCCUGUUUUAUUUCGUUCACUGCAGGUUGCAAAUUCGAAUGUUCGUCAAAAUGCAUUGCAUCUACUUUUGGACCUGUUCCCUCUAGAAGAUCCUCAUUGCACUAAGGAGGCUAAAGAUACACUACUUGAUAAACAGUUCUUUUUAUUGGAGAAAUCAUUAAUGGAUGAAUGUCCAGAUAUCAGAGCUAUUGCAGUAGAAGGAUCUUGUCGCAUUCUUUAUUUGUUUUGGGAAAUUAUUCCCUCGCCAACCAUCACAAGGGUUCUUUCAAGAAUUUUUUAUGAUACAAGUUAUGAUUCAUGCAGUGAGGUUAGGCUUUCCAGUUUGAGUGGUGUCACAUAUUUACUUAAAAACCCACAAUCCCAUGAGAUUCUUAAAGUGCUUCUACCAAGAGUAGGGCAUCUGGUUAUGGAUCCUGCAAUUUCCACACGAGCUGCUCUAAUGGAUCUCCUUCUCGUUCUGAGGGAUAUUCGAACUUUCCAGUUUCAUAAGGUUGUGCACUUGGAUGUGUUGCUGUCAACACUCGCAAAUGAUCAACCACUCAUUGCUCAGAAAAUCACCAAGCUUCUGAUGCCGUCAUACUUCCCAUCAAAAGUAACUGUUGAUGAAGCAUGCCAACGAUGCGUGACGCUUAUCAAAAGGUCUCCAUUGGCAGGAGCAAGAUUCUGUGAAUUUGCUCCAUCUGAAGGGGCAUCUUCACAGUAUCUCAUGGAGCUCAUCAAAGUUUUCAUCAGUUUGGUCCAAUCUCAUGACAAGCUUGCUGCAGAUCAGAUUGAUGGUCUACUUGUUGCUUCUGCACACCUUUGCAAUAAUCUAGUCAGUGAGUCAUCUUACAAGGAUGCCCUCAAGAAUUUGUUGUCUGGUGAAAAGUUGAGGUGCCUGUUCGUUGCUGCAGCUACGGGACGUGCACAAUCUUCUGUAUUUGAUAUCAUUUCCAGCAUCUCUUCGGAUGAUGUAGGUGGUCUUUUUGACGAAUGCAUGGCCUUGGUCACAGAUUGUUCUGGUUUAUCUGAAAACGCAGAAAAACAAAAUCAAGUGAGAUCUGCCCACAAGAUGAUGCUUUCAUGCAACUGGUUUGACAAGAUGUUUGAAUAUCUGAUGAGGCUUUUGGAAAAAAUUGCCCGUGGAUGUCAUAACAAAUUUGGCACAGAAAUAACAAGUCAGAGUCUUCCCAGAAGGAAGAUAAAACCCUCUAUUAGAAUUUCGAGGAAACAUGUCAGCAGGAAAAAGUCUUCCAGUACAGCUGUCUCCAAAUUUGAAGAGGAUUACUUGAUUUCUGUAGGAAUAGCCUGGCAAAUAAAGGACCUGCUUUUAAAUGAAAACGCACGGGAAGCUAUGUUGAAGUCUCAAGUUCUAGAAACCACAUUUUAUUCUUUGAGGGCUAUUUCUGAGGUCAGCAUUUUACAGUGCGUGCAUUGUGACUAUAUGGAUGUGUUUCCAGUUUUUGCUUACACAGCUCUUGCUUUGCAUAUGUCUCUUCAAAAUGUAAGUGGUGCAUACAAUUAUGGAACCAAGAAAAAAGCUUCUCUUGAUUCUGGAGGAUCGACUUCAGAGCCAACUUUGUUAGAGCAGACAAUGAAUCAUUUAUUUAGCUGCACAAGUAAAAUCUUUGGAGUCGAUGACCCCGGAAAGCCCGCAGAAUCUAAGCAGGAAAGGAAGAAGACAGCCCGUCACCGUGGGCAAAGGAAGAGAGAAUCUGAAAGUGACACAUUGCAUCCUGGUGAUGGAGGAUUUGUUAAUACUAAUCAGAAAAGGAUAUCAAAUGCUGUGAAGAUUCUAACUGCAGUUCUCAAGUUCGUUGUUGAUGCUGCUGCAAUAAAUCUUAUUUCUCAGAGUCAAGAAAAGUGCUUUGAAUUUACACUGGAUUAUAUAAAAUUCAUCAUGUCUAGUUUAAGGAAAAAUUCCUGUGACAAGCUGCCGUUUAACGAGGAAAUUCUGAGAGAAAUAUUCCUCUGUUUGAAAAGCUCCUUCACUUAUGCAGCCAAAUUACUCAAUUUAAUCCUUGCAAGCUCCAGUGAAGUGUCACCACUUCACCUGGAAGCUUAUAAUCUGGCCAAUGGUUUGCUUGAUCUUAUUGUUUCAGUCGAGUUGUUUAUGGGAUCUGGCUAUGCGAAACGUCUUCUUGCCUCAAUGAAGCCAUGGUUGCCUGACAUGGUUCUGGCCUUGGGAUCCAGGCAUAUGCCGAUACACAGGACAGAAGCAUUUGAAUCGGCAUCUAGUUGUGAUAAAUCUUGUUUUCCUUUGUGGCCCUCAAUUUUAGCGAAGAUUGAACUACAUGAAAUGAGUGAAGCUAGUCAGGAUGAGGAAGUUGAUAGAAUUUCUCUACCUGUCGAAUUUUCUGCAUUCAGGGAACUUAUGGAAAUGAUGGCUCUACUGUUGAGAGGAAAUGCUGUUAUAUUAGACGCAGUGGGGGUUAGUUUCUUGACUGCCACAGCUGUUGCACUGGAAAGGAAAGACUUUGGGCUAGUCUUGGGACUCUUACAAUUUAUCUGUGGGAAGUUGGUUAGACACGAAAAGGGUGAAUGGGCAGAGCUUGAAUUGAUGCUGGCGUGUUUGCAUGAUGUUUACCCCCAAAUAGAGAGAGUAGCUGAGGAGCUGAAUGGCAGUAGGGACGCAAGGCAGAUACUAGAGAGUGCCAUGGUGUUGCUUCAACCUGUUUGGACUAGUUAUGUUUCUGAUGCUCAGAAAGAUUCCUUCGAGGAAGCCUAG